GUGACAAAGGGCUGUACACCCCAGCUGGUCCCACAUGUCUAUACUGAGGCAAAGAAACGGCCACCAUUUCCACUGUGGACUCCUGGAGCCGAAGCAGAAAAAGUGACAUCUGUUUCUGCUGUUCCCCACCCCUUGUACUUUGUAUGUAUUUUCAGGCUGGUUCUCCAAGGUGGACGAAAGCAGGUGUUUACAGAACAGGAAAUGGCAGAAACUGAGGAUUUUGUGGGUCAGGAGCCAUAUCCAGUUGACGACGAUUUGUUUAAAGAACCGAUGAAAAAAAGAAGACGGUCAGAUCGAGACCAGCGGUUCCGAGCAUUUCCCUCCGUGGAACAAAGUGCCCUUAAAGAAUAUGAAAAAUUGGAGUCCCGGACCAGAAGGGUUUUGAGCAACACUUACCAGAAACUUAUUCAGUCUGUCUUUCUGGAUGACAGCAUUCCUAACGGAGUCAAGUAUCUCAUGCUUCUUACUUUAAUUGAAAAACCGUCAUUGGACCCCAUCUACAUUGGAUUAUUUGGAAGCACUGGGGCUGGGAAGAGCUCUUUGAUCAAUGCCAUCAUCCAGCAAGCAAUGUUUCUACCAGUGUCUGGAGAAAGCAUAUGCACUUCGUGUAUUGUACAAGUGAGCUCGGGCUGCUGUGAGCAGUAUGAGGCCAAAAUCCACCUUCUCUCUGACCAGGAGUGGAAGGAGGAGCUGAAGAACUUGACUAAACUUCUGCUCAGGACGGAGGACCUGGGUGGAGAAGACGUGGAUGCGUGGGACAGGGAUGACGCCGUGGAGGAAGCCAUCUGGAAGCUACAAAUGCUUUAUGGGAAUGGAGCAGAAAAGAAGAACUAUGAGGAGUUACUAAGAGCCAAGCCCAGAGGAAAGAUUCCCACCUCUAGAAUCAUCACCCUCAAGGCAGAAGAGGCAGGAGAGCUGUCUGUCAAACUGGACCCCUACAUCCGGACUAAGAGGAGAGACUGGGAUGGGGAAGCAGCUGCGACACACAUCUGGCCCCUGAUCAAACAUGUGGAAGUGACGCUCCCCAAGUCAGAGCUGAUUCCAGAAGGGGUUGUGCUGGUGGACAUCCCAGGCACAGGGGACUUCAACAGCAAGAGGGAUGAGAUGUGGAAAAAGACCAUUGAUAAAUGUUCAGUGAUCUGGGUCAUCAGUGACAUUGAAAGAGUUUCUGGAGGGAAAGCCCACGAAGACCUCCUGAACGAGAGCAUCAAAGCCUGCCAACGAGGUUUCUGCAGGGACAUUGCCCUAGUGGUCACCAAGACUGACAAACUCCACUUGCCGGAAUAUCUAAGGGAAAGAAAAGUAGGAAAUCAAGCUAUUCAAAGUCAGCGAGAGGCUGUUUUAGAAAGAAAUAAAAUGAUAAAAGUACAAAGGAAUAGAGUUCUCAAGGAAAAACUAAAGAGAAAGCUGCCAGCUGACUCCAAGGUUCUGGAAGCUUCAGAUCUGGUGUACACAGUCAGUGCUCAGGAGUACUGGCAGCAGGCAGUCCUCACUGAGGAGGAAACUGAAAUCCCCAAGUUAAGAGAAUAUAUCAGGAAAAGGCUCUUGGACAAGAAGAGGAGGAUGGUGACCAAGUAUGUUACGGAAGCCUUUGGCCUAUUGCUUCUCACAGACAGUUUCAGCUGCACAGACAAUCUGCCGAAUGAAUACUUGCACAUGAGUGGCCUGCGGGGAUUUGUGGAAGAGAAGAUGCAGCUGCUGGAGAAGGCCAUCGACCAGUGCUUUGCCCCCAUAAUGCAGCCCCUGCAAGAAGGGGUCAGAAAUGCCAGGACUUCCUACCGACGGAUCCUCGGGACGUGCCUGGUGAGAAGUAGAGGAAACCAGGGUUUUCACCAGACACUGAAAGCCGUUUGCCUGAAAAAUGGCGUCUACGCCUCCAGGACUCUCGCAAGAAUUGAUCUGAACGAAGCCAUCACUCAGCCCAUCUAUGACCAGAUUGAUCCUGUUUUUGGAGGCAUUUUUAGGUAA